AUGGAAAACGCAGACUUCGAGAAACAUGUCAAAGAGAUAGCCAAGAAGGAACCGGUGUCUUGGGUAAAGACCCAUAACCCAGCCAGACUCGUCGAGGCUUUGAGAGAGGAAUACAGUAAUCGUGAGCUACUCAAGAAAGAGGCGGAGAUCAAAAGGUUCAUGAAAUUCACCAAGCAUGGGCUGAACUUUUCUUUCCGAGACCAUUUCGAUUCUGUUUCACACCCCUCCGACGACAUUUCCUCUUCCACCGACACGUCAUCCCAAUCUACAGAGUCCGAGCCAGAUAUCGACCUAGCCGAAAUCGGCCAGAUCUUUGAGGGCGACGGUGCUCCUCACAGGCUCCCUGCCCCUAUCUUGUCGUUCAGAGAUAUCACAGCCCUGUCUUCUCGGAACCCUCUUGGUCUGCUUCAGGUGCGUCCCAUCCGUGAUGGUGCGGCGGUGUUGGCAUGCAACUAA